GGAUUUUGGUAAUAAUAAUGAAAGAUAAGGAUGAGUUGGGAAGCAGAAGGUGGUAGUGGCGUCGUGUCACCGGAGUCAUCUCCGCCAGACUUUGAAGGAGAAGAGGGGGAUAAGCAAUGGGGAGAGGGAAGGUGGAGCUGAAGAGAAUAGAGAACUCUACAAGCAGGCAGGUGACAUUCUCAAAGAGGAAGAACGGCCUUCUCAAGAAGGCCUUUGAGCUCUCCAUCCUCUGCGAUGCCGAAGUCGCCCUCCUCAUCUUCUCCCCCUCCGGCAAGGCUUACCAGUUCGCCAGCCACGACAUGGACAGGAGCAUAGCCAGGUAUAGGAAUGAAGUUGGGUUGAUGGAAUUCAAUAAUUACCAACGCUCUAGAACAAUUGAGCAGUUUUGGAUGUCUGAAAUCGAUAACUUGAGGAGAACAAUAGACACCUUGGAAGCAAAACAUAAGCAUUUGGCCGGAGAAGAUUUGUCGACGCUGGGCAUGAAAGAGCUAAAACAGCUGGAGAGGCAGCUGAAAAAUGGGGUUGAACGAAUUCGUGCUAAGAAGAGGCGAAUCAUUUCGGAGCACAUCAGCCUGCUUAAAAAACGUCAAAGGGCCCUGCAAGAGGACAACACCCGCCUCCAAAAGAAAGUUAAGCUGCACGAAGCCAACUUAAACACCAGAGCCUUUGGAGCAGAAGAAUGUGAUGCAUUUGGGAGGAGCAGUGGCAGCAGUGGUUUUGGCGGUCCACAUGACGGGGCUGUGAUAUGAGAAAGACGGGCGAAUGGGCAGCAAGAGCCAUCAUCAGACUGCAAGAAUGCUUGCUGAUCAGGAUGGAGGUGACCCCUAAACCGCAGGCUCCAAAUGGCCACCAGUUGCUUGCAGUGUUUUGGAUUGUAUAGUAGUUGGUGUCAACAAGUUGCUGUCCAUGGCUUUAUGCCUUAUCUUAAUCCGGGUGCUUCUGCUUUUUUACUUA